AUGACAACAAAGAAUACAAAUUCGUACAAUGAAGAAGAAGAAGAACAACAACAACAGGAUGAAACUUUGCAAAAUCUCGAUAAAAUGUCAGUUGAUCUUCCAUGGAAUAUUAAAGAGAAAAUUAAAGUCAAUGAAAAAUUGGAUGAAAUAGAAGAACCAAAUAGAUCUGAAAAAAUGAGUCAAUUAUCAACUAGUACAACAACUGAAAAAGAUCCUAUCAUGAUAGUGAAAGAAAUCAAUGAUCAAUUAGAAAUAAUUCCAAAUUAUUUAACAAAACAAAAUAUAGCUUUCAAAAAGUUGAUGUAUCAAGCAUUAUCAUCGAUAACAACAACAACAACAGAAAAAUUAAAUAGCGAUAGGAAUGAAUUAAG